UAUAUUCAAUAUGCAGAUUCGCCCGUAAUCAUCCAAUCUCAUAUUCGGCGGCAUAUAACUUCUAAUGGAAGCGUCGUGGCAACAUUCACAUGUGUUUCUCGUGCCAGACCCCCAGCUUAUAUCUUUCAGUGGGUUUACAACGAAACAAGUUUGGACAACGGAACGCGGUAUUUGAUUGUCCACAGGUCGGCCCAAGAUGAUGAGACUGUAACUUCGAGUAUGCUGAUUAUCAGCGAUGUGCAUGAGAUUAAUAAUGGAAAUUAUGAAUGCUUGGCUAACACAGAUUAUGGUGAAGGCAUUGCAGUCAUCAACUUUACAUAUUCCCACCCAGACUCACCUUUUGGUUUCGAGGUAAACCAAAGUCAGACGACAUCGUCAUCUCUCUUCGUUGCUUGGCAACCCGGAUUCGAUGGCGGUAGCUUGCAGACAUUUACGCUCAAGUACUGUACCCAUGACAACGCAUUGAAGGACCAGGACUGUGGCAUUGUCAGCCACUUAAAUACCACCAAUCAUCAAUUAAGAGGACUGAACUCAUCCACAUGGUAUCGUUUGGUUCUCUGGGCAAUUAACGACGCUGGAAGUAGUAGUACCCAAGAAACAGUGGCAUCAACAGCAGAACACGUACCUGUGGAGAAAACAAAUAUGGCCGACAGCUUCAUAGUAACAUUUGGAAUUGGAUUGUUGGCUGGUGCUUGUUUUAUCAUGAUACCUUUAAUCGUCGCUGUUCGUGUCUUUGGUGUAUCUUGCUGUUUGAAGAAAAGCAAAGAUGAACCAGAAACAGGAACUACCGGCCAACCGAUCCAUACACGAAGGGAUGAUGGUGAUGAAUUAGUGUACAUCGACGUGUCGCAUGAAACCACAAGCCCUCCCCAACCCAUCCGCCCUGCUCGCACCGAAGAAACCCAUACCGUCUAUGCGUCUCUGGACCACGAUGCCACGUCCAGACGCAAGGAGGAAAAGAACAUUGCUACAACCACCACGGCAACAGUUGAGUCACAGCAAGUGGACGACGAUGGGUUGGUUUACAUCGCCCUCUCACAUGACACCAGUCAUCCUCGGAAAAGUGCGCAUAUUCCGAGCAGCGGAGGCACUGUCUACGCAUCUCUUAACUUCAAUGCCAUGGAAAGGCGUAAGGAGACGGACGACUCUCCGACUACCUCAACGAUGACGUAGGAUUUCCAGCAAAUGUUGUUGUUGUUGUUGUUGUUUUAGUUUACAGGCGUUUGUCAUUCAGAAGUGAAUAUUUACGCCGAAUUUACGUGAACAAAUUACGAUGGGUUAGUCUACAGCAAUGUUGUCCAUGGCACAAAUAAUCCUUCAAGAAAUGCACCUACCGUAAAGGGAAAAGGCCACCGACUACGCUUCCUUUGAAUCCGAAGCCACGGCAAGGGUAAAGAAGAAAAAAAAAUGGGCCCGACUAUUACUAUGCCGAUGACGACAAAGGACUUCUAAUACAUACUUGGGAUGGGCUGCUUUACAUCACUUUCGCCUAAGAAACAAACCAAGUAUCCAGAAUAUACACCUUUUCAAAGGGGGGUAGAGAUGGCAAGGCUCAAGGGGGAAUACGGCCCAUCGCGUCUUAGACCAUGCCAGCGAUGAAAAAGGACUUCCCGUAAAAAUGAGGAUGGGUUAGCUUACAUCACUCCAGAGCACAUUUGGUUUGUCACAGUGGUGUAUGUAAGGUUACUUAAGGCUCCUUGGAUUUUACCGGGGGAAGAGGUGCAAAGUUUUUUUUCUCUCUUUCAACAGAAAAAAGAGAUUACCUUAAUGUGACCUUAGUUAAUAAUGAAAUCUUGCAUUGUUAUCUGUAAUAUUUUGGGAUUUUAGUCCGAACAUGAUUUUGCACUCCUUUGAUUACCACGUUUAAAUUGAACUCGUGGUGUUCAGUUUCGCUCUUGGCAGCCCCGACAUAUGGAACAUCUUUUUUUUGUCCGCACUUAAAACUAGAACGUAAAAGGCAAUGAGCUAUAUUUUAUUGAAUUUUGCGAUAUUUAUUUAAAAUACAAAAUGUUUGUAUGUAUGUGUGUAACAUGUAACCGUCGUUUAAUUCUUAACUAUAGGGACAGCAUGAUAUUUGUAUGCAUUUGCAUGCAUAAUAUAGGUACAAAUUGAGGGGUACUUUAACAGGUUAAGAUAUCUAUUUUAGAGAAACUUAUUGUUACCAUGGCCGCAAAACACACUUUAAAUAAAUUGCACUACAAACAUGUCAAGUUACUUUACUUCAUAGAUAAUCGAGUAACUAUCUUUUCACUUUCAGGUUAGAAUAAAAGAAUAAAAAGAGCAUUAAUUUCUGUGAAUAUCAUGAUAUAUCUAUAAAAAAAAACAAGCGUAUAGUUUACCUUAUAGUCGAUGCAUAAUAUUUAUUAAUAGUGAUAUGAAUUUAUGAUAGCUUAAAAUUGCCCAAUUCAUCUCCGAGUGUGGUGAGCAUUGUAUUAACAAUUAUAGGCAAAUAAUGACAAAGUCAAUCUUCGGUUCUUUUUUUUUCCUUUUAUACACUAAUGUGACUACAAAAUCUGUCGAACAAUGUGACAUUUUUUGUUAAUGUAAGUUAUUCAAAAAACGGCUUUUAUAUUUUCUUGAGAAAAUGGGCUGUAACACAAAAAGCAUGUUCGCUUCCGUAAUAUAUUUAUUGUAUAUGUUUAUCAAUUCCACAAAUACGCUAUUGCACGCCUAAGACAUGGAAGAAUUGAAUCUUGUAUAACGUUUUUGAAAUUCUAAUUCUGAAAUAACUUUAUGAUAAUAAUGUAUUUCUUUUUGGCCUUAAUUGAGAGUUACCUGACUUGAGAUAAAUCAACCCAGAAGCAAUUUCAAUCACCUCUAGAGUCUAAUUAACGUGUUGUGCUAACAUUACACUGACAUAUAUUUCUGAACUGGAUUUUUAUAGGUAGUACAAUGAAAUAUUGAAAUGGCCCCACUUUUAAUUUCCUGAAAGUCUUUGCGAUCUUAACAUGACAAAAAACUAAAUUUGCAUUUUUAUCUCAAAAAAUUGUUAACAUAUGGAGCAUUCCUCCAGAGUCCUCGUUAAAUCCCCGUAAAAGCCCUUUCGCUUUAAAAAUUUAGUGCCUGCAAGUUGCUAGGCCUGUUUAUAUGUUAUUUUUACCGUUGAAGACAACAUGUAUCAUUGUUAUGUAUUCUUUUUUGAUUUUUUUCUUGCAUUUUUGUGAUUAGAUGAUAUCUAUAAAAUGAGUCUUUGAUAAUUUUUGAAAUACAUAAGAAAUCUUUUAGACAUAUAAUUAUUGAUACAGAAAGUGAUGUUUUCCGGUUGAUUUUCAUUCAAAUUUUAGUUUCCUCGGCAAAAUUAUGCUAGUACAAUAUUGGUAAUAAAAGUACUCUAUCAAAAAAUGUA